AUGGACAUGGAAUCGCCAGUUAGCACUGAUGAGUACGAUAUCAGCGAUAUGGAGCCCGCUCAACGGAGGGGCAAGGGCAAGGUUGCCGAUGAGGAUGGGCCGAAGAAGUAUAGUCCGCAGGAGACAAUGUGGCUGGCCAAGAACUAUGUCGACGUCUCCGAGGACGCUAUGGUCGGCAACCAGCAAAGCAACAAAAAGGAGAUUAACAAGUGGAAUGGCAAGUGGACUAACGUAGUCCGGAUGUGGCCGAGCGGGCACAGCGAGAUGGACCUUGUGGACAAGGCCAAGGCAGAUUACUUCGCUGACGGGAAGAAGCACUUCAAGUACUUCGACGUUUGGAAGCUUGUCGAGAAGAGCCCAAAGUACACCGGUGGGGCUGAAGCGGCGGCGAAGAGAACCAAAGUCGCCGCCGGACACUACACUUCGAGCGAAGGAGGUCCGCCAAUCGACCUCAACGUGACAGACGAUGACUUCUUCCUCUCAUCUCCUGGUACUGAAAGCCGUCCGAUGGGCACAAAGGCGGCAAAGAGGAAAGCAAAGGGGAAGGCAACUGCGAGCUACUCCGCUAUGCCGCCGCCGCCACCCAAUCCUUCCUUGGAUAAGAUAUCAGACUCUAUGUCGGAUAUGAGUAUUAGGUUGCGGAUGGGCCAGCUGACGGAGUUGACAUCAAGGGAUACCUCGAGAAUGUCGGAGUACGAGCUCGAAUUGCACCGUGAGAUGAUCGAAUACCUUCGCACAAAGUGA